AUGAAGAAGCAAGUGGUGAAGAAAGCGAUAAGCACUGCUCGGACGUUGCACAGUGUUUACCCCUUACAGACGUAUCACUUCGUGAAGGAGGCGGGUGAGGGACCGUUCAGGCGGAAAAGGCAAGGCAUCGCAACGGAGUCCCUUAUCAAGAACUCCUUCCUAACCAAGGAGUACUAUGACAAAACGAAAAAAAAAAAAAUUGACCUUUUCGAUUUUGUUCCCCCGGAAAAUUUCGUAUCUUCGUAUUUUGAAAAGCUGGAUAAGUGCUACUCGAACCCACGGUCCAUACUACGGCUGUACAAGGACUACAUCGAGAAGGAGGAUUACCCUAAUUACAACUGGCUAGUGAGGUGCUUCUGCCAGCUAGCCAACGUGUUUGGAUUUAACUCCUUCUGGAGCGUCAAGGAUAAGGAAGCCAUUCACGAGCUGAAGUUAUUCAAAUUUCUGGUGUACGAUUUAAUCGAAAGGAAGGAGAGAAUAAAAGCGAGGCACUGCCCCAGAUUGCUAUACGCAAUGUCCUGUCUAGACUAUAGAUGCUAUUAUCUCCUCCCAACUAUUUUGGAACUCAUAGAAAUGGAUCUGGACAAGUUCCGCGUACCAACGUUGUCUAUGAUGAGCUUCUGUUUGUCCUACCUAGGACUAACAAACCAGGAAGUUCAAUUCGGCUCCCACGACAACCUCUCUAGAGGCUACAACUUAAUAGAAAAGAUACUCACCAAUAUAUACAACCGGAAGGAUGAAGCGAAAGGGGACAUGACUAAUUUCUGCUGGUCAUUGUUAGCCUACGUUAUCGUCGUAAACAACAUGUAUGAAUUUCCCCUCAAGGAUCAUAUUAUGCCAAACGGGUAUACCACUUUUUUGCCAGAAAUUUUAAAAAAUGCAUGCGAUGGAUUAACUAAGGAAAAUAUAGCAGAAAGUGGGUGGAUUCAAUACUACCUUUACAUGACCCUCUACUGUUGUGACGUUGAAAAACCGAGCAACGAAAGGAUCAUAAAGGAGAGCGUACCCUAUUUCAUUCAAGAAUAUUUACAUCUAAAAUGGCUAGAUAAUAUUUUGAUAACUGCCCAGAAUCAGGGGUCAGAAAAGAUGCAGCUCGAAAUGGAAAACAUUAUACAAAAGUUACAGUUAAAAAAUUUCUUCAUUAAUUUAUCUGUUGGCCGGAAGAUAGAUGAGCAGCAUUGUUUUUUUACGUCCCAUUUUUAUAAGCCUCUAAACUUAUGCAUAGAGUAUGACUACUUCCACCCUAUUGGUUUUAACAGACCACUGGUCAGUGGAACCAUAUCGUUAAAAAACCGGAUUUUUAAAAAGCUCAAUUUUAACGUUGUUAAUAUUCAUAAGUGCUUUUGGGAUACAUUGACAGAGGAACAGAAGGAAUCGCAACUGGUCCGUGUUUUGGAAGUUUUCCAAUCAGAGCGUGGUGUACAGAAGCAACAACACCAGGGGGAGCUUUACCAGGAGAAGUACUUCGAUUCGGAUUUGCUGCACUUGAAGCAUAAGCGGGUCAAGUUUCGUAGUUGGCCGCCUGAGCAUAUAACGGUGUAG